AUGGCACAGGCCAUCAUGGUGCAGGCCCAGGCUAUGACUGCCCAAGUCAACCGGCAUGAUGUUCAGAGGGAUAACCCACUGGUUCGCAGCAUGGCUGACAGACUGCGAGAUUUCACGAGGAUGAAUCCUCCUAUAUUCAUAGGGGCUAAGACUUCAGAGGAUCCUCAGGAGUUUAUAGACGAGGUGCAUAAGAUCCUGGUGGCCAUGGGGGCCACUGAUAUUGAGAAGGCUGAGCUGCUAUCAAGGGAUGAGAUGAGCAGAUUCCUCACAGGAAUAAAUGGAGACUUGGAGGAGGAGUGUCGGUCUGUGAUGCUCCAUGAUAAUAUUGACCUUUCUAGGUUAAUGGUGCAUGUCCAGAAGGUAGAGGACAGCCGCAAGAGGAAAGGUGUUCGUGAUAUUAGGCAACCUAGGCCUCAAGAUCAGAGUGGACACAUGGUCAGAGACUGUCCCCAGAACAGAGGUCAGGCUGGAGGUAAUGCUCAGCCUAGGCCUACCCCACAGAGUGCAGCAGCAGCCGAGCCUCCCAAGAGGAAUAGAUUCUAUGCCCUGAAAGGCAGGGAGGAGCACGAGAAGUCUGCUGAUGUGGUCACAGGGUCUGAGCUUUUCUUUGUGACUCCUCUGCUUGCCCUUACUUUUGAAAUACUACCUGAAGUUUGUGGAGGGCUUCUCUUCCAUUGUUGCCCCACUUACAGCCUUGACAAAGAAGAAAUCCAAGUUUUAAUGGACGGAGACUUGUGA